GAGGGCCGGCGGGAUCAGCCACGCCUCUCGCAUGGUAGACGCUACUUCUGUGGUUCCAAUCAACGCAAUCCUCUAUCCGAUCGCCUCCGAGUUCGAACUCCCCACUUCCUGGCCAAUCAAUCGUUCCAACGAUGCGCUCCUGCGCGCCCCUCCCCAACCCACCCUUCAAACCCGCGCCCGCGCCCCAUCCAAACCUAAACCCAAAUCCCAACGCCGCCUCCGCGCACAGACCAACACUGCUCCGCUGCGCCCUCGUCGCGCGCGCGGCCGCAAGGGACGAUCCGCCGCCGGCGCCGUCCAGCUUCGACUUCCUGGCGCUGAAGCGGGAGCUCGAGGAGCAGGAGGAUGCGGUGGUCCCUGUGGAUGCGACAGAGGGAGGAGGAGACGAGGUUGUUAACGAGGAAGAUGGCGAGAGGGAGCCGGAGAGGAUUGUUAGCGGCGGGAGGAGGACGGGGAGGCAAAUGGCGAGGCGGUCGGGGCUGCUAGCGAAGCAGGUGAUCAGCGUCAGCUCAGCUCGGAGCCUUGGGUUUGUGUCUCAGCUGUGGGUCGACGCCUCGUCGUGGGUUAUUGCAUUGGUUGAAGUGAGGCCAAGCUUGCUUUCAGGAGAUGCGGACAAAUUCCUUUUUGAGGAUAUAUAUCAGGUUGGAGAUGUUGUUCUUGUUGAGGAUGAAUCUGUGGUUGAGAACGAAUUUAAGCUAGUUGGGCUGCAUGGAUUGGUUGGCUACAAUGUCGUAACUUUCAGGCGGCGCAAUGUUGGUAAGGUGCGCGGCUUCACUUUUAACAUUAACUCAGGUGUUGUGGAGUCUCUUGAGCUUGAUUCAUUUGGGCUUACUAUUGUCCCUGCUAGUCUGGUAAGCACAUACUGUUUAUUUGUGGAAGAUGUGCUUGAUAUAGUUUGUGAUACGAUCGUAGUGCAUGAAGAUGCAAUCUCUCGUGUUCAACGGUUAACACAGGGCAUGUGGGGCACCCAAAAUAUGCAAGGACCUGGCGAUCAGAUAGGCGAGUACAACAGAUAUGGCAGGCGAAGAGCUAGGUCAGUUAAGAGACAAAAUAGUCAGGGUAAGCCCAUGGGCCGAAAGCUCCAUAGGAAAACGCGGGAUCCGGAAGGUGAGUGGGAACUGCCAAUGGAGUAUUGACACACGCACACGCAACACUAGCUCUCUUCCCGUCCUCAGAAAAGAAGUGCUGUCCCGCUGUUCUAGUUAGUGCUCAGCUACAACAGGGAUAUGUCAGGUUUUGUACUAGUACAUUAUUGGAAGAUGACGAAUAGGAAAGGAAAUAGUUUGGCCAUCUUGGGCGUGCUUUGGCUUGGUGGGUUAGUGAAAAGAGAAAAUGUCUGCCGACCUCCGAAGUCCUAAUUCUGGUACAAAAUGACUCAUUUGUGGCGAGCAGAGCCCUGGGCCCUGGUGAGUUCAUUCUCAUGUAAUGAUGAAGCUUCUUUUGACUUCACUGACACUGAAUGACUGAAUGCGUGUAAUCAUGUAGUAGUGAUGUACUACCACUAGUCAGGAGACUGGACUAGUACUGCUAGAUUAGUACUCUAGCUUUAGCCAGAAGGUCAAGAUUCCUGCUAUAUAUUUGUACAAAAGGAAAAACAGUUUGGUUUCUGAAAGGGAGGUAUGUGGCUACUUGAACCACUGA